AUGCACCAACACGGAAUAGCAAAACCUUUGCUCACCAGACACAUAAAAGCAAAGGACACAGACACAGGAUGGGCGGGAACGCAGACACCCUCGCAAAGGCCUCCUCACCCCAAAGGGCCACCCCGAGGCGCGCCCCCGGGAUCCACGGCUGGUUCCCCGGGGCCCCGCCUGGGGGAGGGGCGGGAAACGCGGAGCCGCUGCUUCCCGGCUGAGGGGCAGCAGCAGCUGAAGAGAAGCGCCGCGGGGGAGGGAGGGACCCAGCCCUCAGCGCCCGCCUGGCCCCAGCCCGGGCCCAGGCCCCCUGCCCCGCCCGCCGCCCACCCUACAGCGCGGCUGCGACUAGAUGAGAGAGGGCGUCUCGCGGAGGGCAGCCCCUGCCUCCGUCCUCGGAGAUGCCCCAGCCCCGCCUCCUCGCCCGCCGCCCAGGCCCGGCCGCCCGGGCGGCGGGCACUUACCUCAGGCUGCGCAGGCCGGGACGGCCCGGCCGAGCCCCCGGCCGCUGCGUGCGUCUCCGCCCCCCGGGAAAGGUCCCAACGGUGCCUAGUGCGAGCGGUCGAGGCCCCGAGCAGCGCCGAGAGCGGCGGCGGCAGCAGGAGCAGCCAACAUCCGGGGCCGCGCACCCGGAACUACUUCCCGACCCACAUCCCCCUCCCGCCCUCGCGCCACCUCCUCCUGCGACGUCGCAGCGCCGCCGGCCCGGCGUCGGCGGCGUCAAGUCCCUGCGCGUCCUCGGCCGCUUCGACGCACGCGGGAUCCCUCCGCUGGGACAAGUAGUGCCCUGAGACUCCCGGGGCCUCGGCUCAGCGAGUGUCAUCUGGUGGCCCGCAGUUCCAAGCGACUUGGGGUCCUUGUGCCUCGGAGUGGCGUCUGGGGAGCAAGGGCAGCGGAAGCAACCCCGCAGUUGAGGACAGUAGGGAUCGGUGGCUUUGGACCCUGCCCGCGGAGACCUGGGGCCCCAUGCUCCGAAGAAAUGGUGCCUCCUGUCCUCCCCCGCCCCCCAACCUCCGCCACCUCACCGAAGCGCCCGGCACUUUAGCCUCCUCUCCAGGAAACCGGACGCCUUUUCUGGCACACCGUGGAUUCCGGGACCCCCAACAAAGGCGCCUUGGACCUUCAGGACACCCCUCCUUUCAGAACUUCUUGAGCCCCAGGUGCUAUUCUCAUGUCUGCGGAGGCCUUUCCCGUGCCUGGUCUUACUUUCUUUCUUAAAGGAGUUGGAACUCUAAAGGCCCUUCUGACUCUCAAGAUCCAGCCGAAGAACCCACUAGGAGCUAGAAGGAGGAUUGGAUGUGAUCUAUGGCUCCCCUAAUCAUUGGAAAGACUCAGUGAAGACUGAAGACUGAGUUGCUACAAAAAAAAAAAAAAAAAAAAAAGAG